CACACACACCCUCUUCCUGUUCUUGCUUCCUCAUUUACCCAUUUUCUCUCUCCACCAAGAUUUGAUCAGCAACUCUUUUUAGGAAACGACACACACACACACACACACACACACACUGCUCUGCCACCUACAUGCUGGUGAUGUGUGUCUGUCUCCCAUUUGUACUGCAUUGACACAGAGUAACAAUACAACUAAUGUUUCUGGUCCAGCCACAAAAUGAAUAAAUCACACUCAUACCCUGGUUCAUACUCUCCCGUGUUGCCUACAAUCUCAACAUCUCCAAUACCAGAAGAGGAGGAUGAAGAUCUGAACAAAGCUUUUGGUGUUCAGAGAUUUCAGCAGAUUCUUAGUCCAACUUCACGUGAGCCUAACGAACACCGGCAAUACAAUGAGGAGGACUUCCAGUAUCAUCGUCACUCGUCACAUCACACCCGUCACCCUCUAUCCAAACAUGCUGACAGCCGGAGAAAGAGGACUGGGAAAAAGAAAAGGAGUAAAGAGCAACACCUGAGUGAUGACUUCAGUGUGCAGGUUGGAGAGGGAGAGGGAGAAGGAGAGGAAGAGGAAGAAAAACACACUGACAAACCUGAGAAUGGGAGUCAGGAUGGUGUGCAGUUCUUCCUGUAUGAUGAUGAAGUCUUCCCUGGUGAUGGAGAAAUCGCAGCUGAGAACAAACGCCCUUCUACAGAAACACACAAUGACAGCACCACUGCAGAUGGGGAGCUCACACACUCUGAGGCUGAAACACAUAAUGAAAAUACUCAGACUGAUUUCUCUAAGCACCAGACCGUGACCGUCAACCCAAGCUCUGUGACAUUUCACACAAGCACUUUGGCCUCAUCCAGUCCAACAGGAAACAUGACGGGAAACGAGAGCACAAAAUACGAGAGGAUUCCUGCGGACGAGGCAGAGACCCACGCACUUGGAUCAGCCAAUUUGGAUGACAUUAAGACUCACCGUUUUGAGGACGUUCCUGGUGUGAGGAGACACCUGGUGAGGAAAAGCACCAAACCUGCCAUAGUGCACAUCAAUAAAGAUCACACUGAGCCGAGCACACGCAGUCGCAAAGUUGACCGCACACCACAUGAGGUGUUUGUAGAGCUGAAUGAGCUGAUCGUAGAUAAGAACCAGGAGCUACAGUGGCGAGAGACAGCACGCUGGAUUAAGUUUGAGGAGGACGUGGAGGAGGAAACGCACCGCUGGGGGAAACCGCAUAUUGCCUCACUCUCGUUCCGCAGCUUACUGGAGCUCCGGAAAACCAUAGCACAUGGUGCAGUGCUGCUGGAUCUGGAUCAGAAAACAUUAUCUGGAAUUUCUCACCAAGUUGUUGAGCAGAUGAUCAUCACUGACCAGAUCAGAGCUGAAGACAGAGCGAAUGUACUGAGAGCAUUACUGCUGAAACACAGUCACCCGUGUGAUGAGAAAGAUCACAGCUCAUUCCCCAGAAACAUCUCAACAGCCAGUCUGGGUUCAUUAAUCUCACAUCAUCACCAUCACCAUCACCACCAUCAUCAUCAACAUCAUCAUCAACAUCAGCAUCAUCAGACAGAGACGUCUGUCAACGAGCCGCUGAUGGAGAACACAAAUACAAAACACGACAACACACAGCACACACACCCCGACACUGUUGAGAAAGAACCGACUGUAACUCCUGGCAUGCACAGAUCUAAAUCAAAACAUGAGCUCAAAUUGCUGGAGAAAAUUCCACAAAAUGCAGAAGCCACUGUGGUACUCGUGGGCAGCGUUGAUUUCCUGGACCAGCCCACCAUGGCGUUUGUGCGCUUGGAAGAAGCUGUGUUACUGGACUCAGUUUUGGAGGUCCCAGUUCCUGUGCGGUUCCUCUUCAUCUUACUUGGACCAAACAAGUCCAGCAUGGACUACCACCAGAUCGGACGCUCAAUUUCCACGCUGAUGUCUGAUAAGUCGUUCCAUGAAGCUGCGUAUCUGGCUGAUGAUCGUCAAGACCUUCUGAAUGCGAUCAAUGCUUUCCUGGACUGUAGCAUUGUUCUUCCUCCAUCUGACCUUGGGGGUGAAGACCUGCUGCGCUCCAUCACUCACUUCCAGAGAGAUUUGAUGAAAAAACGAGAGGAACAGGAAAUCAGUAUGAUGAAUAAUGAAAAAAAGAGCUUGGAGGAGAAAGAUUUUCUGUUACCACGCAAAGACCAUGGGGAUGAUGAUGAUGAUGAUGACCCCCUGAAGCGAUCAGGUCGGCCAUUUGGAGGUUUAGUCCAAGAUGCACGACGCAGAUACCCAAAAUAUAUCAGUGACUUUACAGAUGCUCUGAACCCACAGUGUGUGGCAGCCAUUAUAUUUAUUUAUUUCGCUGCUCUUUCUCCUGCCAUCACAUUCGGAGGGCUGCUGGGUGAGAAGACAGAGGGUCUGAUCGGUGUGUCAGAGCUCAUCAUUGCUACGUGUAUUCAGGGAGUGAUAUUUUGCCUGCUGGGAGCACAACCACUGCUGGUGGUCGGAUUCUCCGGGCCGCUUUUAGUAUUUGAGGAAGCCUUCUUUACCUUCUGUAAGAGUAACGAGUUGGAGUACCUGGCAGGUCGGGUAUGGAUUGGGUUCUGGCUCAUCAUAAUCGUGGUACUCAUGGUGGCAUUCGAGGGAAGCUUCCUGGUUCGAUUCGUCUCUCGUUUCACUCAAGAGAUUUUCUCAUUCCUGAUCUCGCUCAUCUUCAUCUACGAGACCUUCUCCAAACUCAUCAAGAUCUUUAAGGAACACCCACUGACGCGCUGCUCAAUCCUCAAUGACUCCAUGUUAAAUGACUCGGAGAGCUCACUGGGAGAGAAUUUCACAUUAGCAUCAAACAUGAGUUCAGUGGAAAAGGAGAAGAUACUUGGAAAGCCGAACACAGCACUGCUUUCUCUGGUUCUCAUGGCAGGGACGUUCUUCAUUGCGUUUUACCUGCGCAAAUUCAAAAACAGCGCCUUCUUUCCGGGCAGGCUGAGGAGGGUGAUUGGAGAUUUUGGGGUUCCCAUCGCCAUCUUCAUCAUGGUGCUGGUGGACAACAGUAUUCAGGAUACAUACACACAAAAACUGAGCAUUCCUCAUAAUUUCUCUGUGACAAGCCCUGAUAAAAGGACCUGGAUUGUGAACCCUCUCGGCUCUAAUAACUCAUUUCCUGUAUGGAUGAUGGCAGCCAGCGUACUUCCUGCCCUUCUAGUGUUUAUUCUCAUUUUUAUGGAGACACAAAUCACCACGCUGAUUGUGAGUAAAAAGGAGAGAAUGCUGGUCAAAGGUUCAGGUUUUCAUCUAGACCUUCUGUUGAUUGUGUGUCUUGGUGGGAUCUCCGCUUUGUUUGGAUUACCGUGGAUGGCAGCUGCGACUGUCAGAUCCGUUACGCAUGUUAAUGCGCUAACUGUGAUGAGCAAUGCUGUUGCCCCUGGUGAUAAGCCUCGAAUUCAAGAGGUCAAAGAACAGCGAGUCACGGGACUUUUGGUGGCCGUGUUAGUAGGACUCUCUAUCGUGAUUGGUAAAGUGUUAAGUCUGAUUCCUCUUGCCGUGCUCUUUGGAAUUUUCCUCUAUAUGGGUGUGAUGUCACUCAACGGCAUUCAGCUCAGCGAAAGGAUCAAACUGCUGCUAAUGCCAACUAAAUACCACCCAGACGAAAUCUACGUCCGCAAGGUGCGGACGCUGCGCAUGCACCUCUUCACUGGGGUGCAGUUGGUGUGUUUAGCCGUUUUGUGGGCAGUCAUGUCAACGGUGGCAUCACUUGCUUUCCCCUUUGUCCUCAUUCUGACCGUCCCACUAAGGAUGUUAAUUUUGCCACGGAUAUUCAACACACGUGAGAUGCAAUGUCUUGAUGCCGAUGAUGCUGAGCCCACGUUUGAUGAGAAAGAGGGAGUGGACGAGUACACAGAGAUGCACAUGCCCGUGUGAUACUCACCUACACUUAUUACCCUCAUCUUCUCUCUGUCCAUCCACUCAUGGUGGGAUUUAACUCACUUUAAAUUCACUGCCAGGGGAAAUCAGAGUGAAGCAAGCGCUGCUCUUCAACUGUAAUCUCAAAGAGGUGUCACUGAGCACAAAAACCCAGAGUUGAUAUAUUACAAUCCAAUUCAACACAUGCUUUCUUGCCAUGAAAACAAUACAUUUAUAUACUGAAUUGAAAAACCCAGUUGACUGGAACAAAAAAACAAAACACAAAAGGCGAGUCAGUGCACAAAAUGUAUUAUGAUGUAAUAUAUAAAUAUUAGCUAUUGUGGAAAUAAUUAAUAUAUUUUAAUAUAUUGGAUUUUAUUUGAAUCUAAUCUUAUAAUGAUGUUGAUUAAGGGUGUGUGUGUGUGUGUGUGUGUGUGUGUGUGUGUGUGUGUG